AUGCAGCGGACGAGCUCAAGAAUGGGUCUUCCGGGGCAGCCAGCUCGCAUUCCAUCAAUUCCAUCCAGCUCUUCGACUGCAGAGCCUCCGAGCACGCAAGUUGUGGAGCAGGAGCAACAGGACCAACCUAUGCCUAUGCGUUUCAUGCCGAAGGCCUACAGUGAGAUGGUGCCCAUGACGCGCGCUUCGUCGUUUGAAGGGCCUGGGCCGAUCCGGGCAAACUCUGAUGGGAUCGUGCCAUUCCUGCGCAUGGUCCCUGACAGUGCUCCGAUGCAGGAGGAAGAAAUCUUCUUCUUCCCCAAGAGCUUUUCGGAGGUGCAGAUGCCAUCAUCGUGCCUCUCGUUCCAGCAGAUGCCGGCCAGCAAUUCGGACGGCCUGCUGGCCAACCGUGCUUUCCUGCGCGCCGUCGACGCGGCCAGAGCACAGGCGGCUGAACAGAAAGCGGAGGAAGCGGCAACUCGCUUGCCGGGCGGCGUUAAGCAGCAAGCUCCGCUCUGUUUGAGCCAGCUGUCCACGGAGAAGCUCUACGAGGGUAAAAUUGUCAUAGCCUUCAAAUUGGGACUCCUUGUGGACAUCAAUGCGGACGUCCUAGGCCUGCUUCGCUGGAAGCAUGUGAAGGGGGUGCCCAGGAAGCUCCUGAAAGAGGGUGGCAACUUGGCCAACCUUCGUGUCGAGAAGGUACGGGGACAAAGGCUGACCUUGCGCCUGGAGUGCAUCGGCCUCCCCGGCCAAACCUUCGAAGAAUCUGACUACCCGGACAUUGUGGCCCGGGUGUAUGAUUGGGCCUUCGAGCCAAAGUUGCUCGAGGCCUGCGACGAAGAAAUGGCUCCGACGGCUGCGAAGACGCAGCGACUUGGGCGAAUGGGCCCGAGACAUGUCGGGGACGGCGAGGGGCUCGCAAUCCGCGGGCCCGCGCCCUUUAGUGCCCGCAGGUUCCUUCGGCCUGGCAAGUGCGGGCCGCGCCACUCGUGCCAGCCAUGA